ACGCGUUAGUUCAGGAGUGAAAAGCUGUGAAAGCAAAGCAGAGAGGCGACAAAAGGUUUAAACUAAGAUGGCAGAAGUUGUGCACAUGAUCGACAGUGAGGUCUUUCUGGCCUUCUCCACAUACGCAACCAUAGUCAUCCUCAAAAUGAUGCUCAUGAGCCUCAUGACCUCUUACCUGCGAUUGACAAAACAGGUCUUCUCCAACUUGGAGGACACCGCCAUGGCAAUAGCAGAAGACAAGAAAAAACUGGUUAGGACUGAUCCAGAUGUGGAAAGAGUGCGACGAUGCCAUCUGAAUGACCUGGAAAGCAUCGUUCCUUUUGUGGUGAUCGGUCUUCUGUAUGCACUGACGGGGCCGGUUCUCUCCACUGCUCUUUUGCACUUCCGGGUGUUUGUAGUGUCCCGAUUCAUCCAUACAGUCGCGUACAUAAUGGCUCUUCCGCAACCUACCAGAGGUGUAGCCUUUGGCGUAGGGCUGCUUACAACUUUAUCUAUGGCCUACAGGGUGCUCACUACUGCUCUUUUUCUUUAAUGAAUAACACUCGUUCAUAUACAGCUCAAGUCAGAAUUAUUCCCCCCCCCCCUGUUUAUUUUUCCCCCCAAUUUCUGUUUAACAGAGAGAAGACUUUUUUUCAGCACAUUUCUAAACAUAAUAGUUUUAAUAACUCAUCUCUAAUAACUGAUUUAUUUUAUAUUUGCCAUGAUGACAGUAAAUAAUAUUUUACUAGAUAAAGACUCUUCCAUACAGCUUAAAGUGACGUUUAAAGGUUUAACCAGGUUAAUUGGGUCAACUAGGCAGGUUAGAGUGAUUAGGCAAGUUAUUGUGUAACGAUAGUUUGUUUAGGCAAUAAAUAAAGUAGCUUAAAGGGGCUUAACAAUUUUGACCUUAAAAUGGUUUUUAAAAAUUUAAAUCUGCUUCUAUUCUAGCUGGAAUAAAACCAAUAAGACUUUCUCCAGAAGAAAAGAUAUUAUCUGAAAAUUUCCUUUCUCUGUUAAACACCAUUUGGCAAAAAAAAAAAAAAAAAAAAAAAAAAAA